UACAAAUGACAUUUUGAAUCAAAAUAAAACGUGCAUGCUUGUGAGGUUAGAUCGUUGCAAAAUAACGAUUGCUUUAUUCUUUAGUGGAGAUUUAUUAUCUUAGAAUAAGUAAAAAUUCCGUUUAUAAUGGACGAGUUAAUUGUAGGCACGUACGAAGGCUUUGUACUAGGAUAUUCUAUACGCACUGAAGAUGCGGUAAUGAAAUUGAAACAAACGUUUGCUACUCAUUCACAUACAGCAUCAGUCAGAUGUAUGUCUAUAGGAGGUAAAUUCCUUGCAUCGGGUGGCACCGAUGAUAAAGUGGUGGUCAUCGACAUGAAAACUCGCAAAGAGCACACAGUCCUUAUGAACCACGAUGGAACGAUAAAUACCGUCGCUUUCACCAACGGCGGUACACAUCUACUAACUGGCAGUGAUGACGGUUCAAUCAUUGUUACCAGAACAGGCAAUUGGCAAAUAGAAAAGAUAUGGAAGAAAGCACAUGGAGGUCAGCCAGUCACAGCUAUUGCUGUACAUCCAUCAGAUAAGCUUGCACUCAGUGUAGGUGGUGACAAAACUCUCAGAACAUGGAAUUUGAUCAAAGGUCGUCCAGCCUUUACAAUCAACCUCGCUAGUAAAGGUGUAUUAUUACCCACAGAAAUCAAGUUCUCUCCUGGAGGAGAUAGGUUUUCAUUAGUUUCUCAACAGUCUGUUGAUGUAUGGACAAUUAGUAAAGCUGGUGUUGAAAAACGAAUAACUUGUACCUCAAAACCAACAUCAGUGCAGUGGUUGAGUGAUGAGAGGAUAUAUGUUGGACUAGAAAAUGGCAAUGUAAUUACUCUGACUGUGUCUGAUACACAAGCCCUUACUUAUAAGGCACACAAACAGAGAGUAAAGUCACUGCAUUAUGAAAGUGAAAUGUUAUAUUCAGCUUCUAGUUCAGGAGAACUGAAGGUCUGGUCUGUUGAUGAUUCUACGUUAGAUGAACUCUGUUCCUGCAAUGCUUCCUGUAGGGUAACUUGUGUCACACUAAAUAGGCAAAGCCAUCUUAUCAAAAAGGAGGACAAGUCUGAUGAAGAAGAAACAGAAGAGAAAGUAGCAAGUGAGGAAAAUGAUGACUCUGAAGAAACUGAGGAAGUCAGUCCUCCACCCUCUAAGAGAAAACCUGGGGCAUUUGUCACCAUUAGCUAUGGUGAUGAUGACAAAGGCGACCAUGAUGAAGAUACAGAAGUUAAACCACCACCAGCAAAGAAAUUCAAGAAAAGAAAACGCAACAAAAAGUCUAAAAAAGCUGUUAAACCCGCUGAUUAAAUUUAAUACUUGAUGUUGACCAUUUGGAUUUUAUUUGUUAUCAUUUCAAUAAGUUCAAUAAUGUAUUUCCUAUGGAUAUGAUUUCAUGCAUUAACAAUAGCAGCAAGAAAACUCACAUCUACAUUGCAGGAUUAUAUUUUCAUUGUCUUCUCACAAAAUGUACAUGAUACACAAGAACACAGUAAAAAACAAUGUGAUGUAGACUUUGGUUUGUUUAUUAAAUUAUAAAUAAAAAAAUCUUCUCUUGAACACACACCCAAAUACAUAAUUAAGUUCAUAAUAA